CCGGGUCUCCACAUCAAACUUCGUGGGGACCUGUCAUUGUCAUUCGAGCCACUUACAGUUGCUGGAUACGGUUGCGGCUAGACACCCAGAGUCUUCAUUACCGCAUGCCUCCAAAACCUGUCGAUCGGGUGAACUUGUUGAUCGACAAGUCCAUGAAGCAGCUGCCGGACCCAUACCCGUACUGCAAUCGAUGCCGAACGAAGGCAUCAAGCAAGGACUACUCGAAAUUCACAAUGACACGUCUUUUUCGGCAUCUGACCGGGCGAGAGCAAUUAAGACACCCAUCGACAAAUGGUGAACAAAGACAGAGCAACAGAGCGAGCUAAAGACCAAGACCUUAGAACCGCACGAAGACCCUCGAAGAUCCUUUUCUACGUUUGAUAGAUUAUUUACGACAACGGGCCACCUUUUUUUCAAACGAACGGCGACCGAGAGCAGCGAAUUGAGCCUGAGAUAUCAUUUCAGUGUAUGAUUUCGAAAGCAGCAAGAAAGGUUAAAGACACCCAUUUGCGGCUUUAUGCAUUUAGAGUCUAGACAGUCCCUAGGUGGCUGCUUUCAAGAGGGAAAUUCAACACAACAGAGGCCUAACCCUGGAUUCUUCUGCCUCAACUGCAAAGCAAAAGUCUAGCUGUCGUAAAGGCCGGCCACAUCAGGAGACAAAGAUCAAAGGAACAGUCAAGCUGUUGUACGAUCAAAGGACCAACAUCGCGUUUUACUUGUACAAAGUAGGACGCAUGCAGCAAGUGUGGCGAUGGCAGAUGUAGCAUUGCAAGCAGACCCUGCUUUCUUCCCGGGACACCCUGGAGGCCUGGAACGAAAAGACGACAGAUUUGUGAGCAAGAAAUUAUGGAGUUCGCUCCGGAAACAGUGGCAACUGCCAGCAGAAUAGAGACAGAAUCUGGUUCUGAGUGGCACAGAUACUACUAAUACUAGGUCUAGUCUAGACCUAGUGCAUACUGAGCUUGUCGCAGAACGCAGAUGCAACCUCUUUCGACUCCUCUCCUUAAUCUCGCUGUGGCUCAGCAACCAUCUUGGCCAUUGAAAUAUUUCAAACAGUCUUGAUCCACAGACAAGUUUCGUGCUUUUGAAAGCACUCGGGGAGUAUGUUUGUUUAUUGAUAGGCCUAGCCGGUGUGGAAAACAUCCAAUAAAGGUACCCACGUUGCCACGGUAGGCAUUUUCAUCAUACGGCCUGAAUAAAUGCUCUUUUGAUUCUCUUGGCUCACUCGUGCUGCUUUUGCUACUCUUCUUGUAAUUGUGGUCACUGCAAAGAGCCUGUCAAGCAAAGGAGAUAUCCCAGGACUACACCUCGUGCACAAGUCCUAUCAAACUCCGAAAUCGCCUGUCCAAUUGAUGUCUGAUCACAAUGCAAGAGCUCAACCAUCCAAGAUUGCCGGAGCGACCUGUGUUCUUGGCACCGUUCCGCCGAGACCGAUUGGAGAAAUUAGUGGAGCGAGAUUGCGGCCGAGAGGGGGGGCAUAGCAUGGCGGCACGAGUGCUCCGGGAGGAACCCCGCAAGAUCGUCCAGGGGCAAUAGUGAGCACCACAUACACAGCAAUGGUGCAGAUAGGGAUCUGAUCUGGCUUCGGACGAACUCCUCACCAGAAAGAGGUGCGGGGAGUGCAAAACACAUGCGGGAUGCAGAGAAAACAUUAGUCCGGGGUGGCAGUCGGAGGACGACAAUGCCAAGCCGUCGACGUUGAUCGGGCUCCUGAUCCGACAUGAAAUCCGCAUCGGCGACUGCACAUCCUAUCUAGGGGUACUAGAGCAGAUCCACAGCUACAAGGAGGAAGAAAGAGUAAAAAGUCAUUUACUUGCCUAUAUAACAAAACAAAUGACCAGCCGGAGCAGCGAACGAACCUGUGCAACAACAGCCCAGAACCACAACCCACCGCCAACCCCUGAACAGCCACCAGCAGCCAACCCAGACACCAAAACAAAAGAAAUGGCAGCAGCAGCAGCAGCAGCGCCACCUGCCCACGUGGCCGUGGUCGGCGGCGGCAUAAUGGGCGCCUCGAUCGCGUGGCACCUGUCGCAGCACACCAACGUGACGGUGAUCGCGCCCGACGUGGGCGGGGUGGCGACGCGGGCCAGCUUCGCGUGGCUCAACGCGGCGUCGGGCGAGGACCGGGCCUACUACGACUUUCGGCGGCGGUCCGUGGGCCGCUGGCGCGAGCUCGAGGCGCAGAUCCCCGGCCUGCCCGUGCACUGGGGCGGCGGCUUCAAGUGGGACCUGCCGCCCGACGAGCUGGCCGACUUUGCCGACAAGUUUGCCGGCUGGGGCUACGACAUCAUCCGCGUCGACCGCUCCGGCAUCGAGCGCAUGGAGCCGCGCGUCGACCCCGCCGUCGUCCCCGACUGGGCCCUCUACUCGCCCGAGGAGGGCGCCCUCGAGGCCGACGCCGCCGCCCGCCUCAUGGUCCAGCACGCCGUCGCGCGGGGCAGCGCCGAGGUGGUCGAGGGCACGGUGGCGGGGUUCGCCAGGACGGGAGGCGGCGGCGGCGUCUCGGGCGUCGUGCUCGAGGGCGGCGGCACCAUCGAGGCGGACCACGUCGUCGUCGCGGCGGGGCUGGGCAGCGUGGCGCUCCUGGCGGCGGAGGGCGUCGACGUGCCCGUGGCGGGGCGGGCGGGCCUGCUGGUCAACACGAAGCCGCUGGCGGACAGGAUCGCCAGCUCGGUCGUGUACACAUCGCUGCUGCACCUGCGGCAGACGCUGGACGGGGUGGUGCGGGUCGGGCUCAACGAGGAGCGCAUCACCGAGGACCCGGACGGCGACGCCGAGGUGGUGCUCGCGGCGCUGCGCGAGGCCGUGGCCCAGGGCGGCGAGCUCGAGCUCGACUACUACACCGUCGGAGAGCGGCCGGUGCCCGAGGACGGCCGACCCAUCAUCGGCGCGACGGGGGUGGAGGGCGUCAGCCUGGCGGUCAUGCACUCUGGCGUCACCAACGCUGCGCUCGUCGGGGAGCUGCUGAGCAGGGAGAUUUUGACGGGGGAGAGGGACCCGAUGCUGGACGACUACCUGCUGGAGAGGUUUAGGAAGCGAGUAAAGCUGGCAAAGUAAAUCUGAUUCUCAGGGGUUGGGAGGAUGUGGGGACAUUGAUGGUGGGGAUUGUGGAAGCAGAUAGGGGUCACCCCUGAAAUUGUCUUGUCAAUCUGUAUGUCGAACUAUUCUAGAAUAACGACGCUGUCCCAAUACGAUAAA